ACCAUCUUCGCACUGCCGACAGUGGACAACAGGGCGUGGAUCAUGUUUCACCAUGCCGAUGGCCUGGCGAUUCGUGGUGGGACGCUGGACGGGCAGGGGCAGGAGUAUUGGGCGUGCAAGAAGGCCGGCAGGUGCACCGCCGGGCAGGGCCCCAGGACGCUUGACAUUAGCCAAUCCAAAGGCGUGAGCGUGAAGCAGCUGACACUGCUUGACAGCAAGGAAUUCCACGUGACCAUCUUCGACUGUAGCGGCGUGACGGUCCAAGGCGUCCGGAUCAUCGCGCCGGCCGACAGCCGCAACACCGACGGCAUCCACGCCAGCCACUCCCGCCACGUGAGGAUCCUCAACACCACCAUCGGCACCGGCGACGACUGCAUCUCCUUGGGGCCCGGCACCUCCGACAUGCUCAUCAGGGACAUCAAGUGCGGUCCGGGCCACGGCAUCAGCAUCGGGAGCCUGGGAUGGCAGGACGGUGAGGAGGGGGUGAGAAACGUGACGGUGGACAGGGCGGUGCUGAAGGGCACGACCAACGGCCUGCGGAUCAAGACGUGGGCGAUGCCCAACUCCGGCUCCGUCACAAACGUCUCCUUCUCACGGGUCACAAUGAACCGCGUGGCCAACCCCAUCCUCGUCGACCAGAACUACUGCCCCCGCAAGGGCGACUGCCCGGGCAAUAGCUCGGGGGUGCAGAUCAGCGACCUGUCGUACACGGACAUCAAGGGCUCGUCG